AUGGCUGUCGCUAUACCCAACCCCGAGAACGAUGUUGGCGAGACUAUCCCUCCGCUCACUGCCCAUGCCGUGAGCGUUUCAUUGCCAACAUGGGACGCCAACGUUGGCUACGAGGAGGGCCGACCUGAGGUGGUUGGCAGAAUGAAGACAGGCUACCCCCGUUUUUUUGUUCACAAAUCUAUUGCCCGCUUCGCCGACGUCAUCGCUACUACCUACGGCCUUCAGGACGACAGCGCUAUGCUGUUCCCUUCCCAUGCGGUCGCCGCCCGCUGCGCCGACUUCUUCCGCCGCCACGCUCCCGAGCUUGCGCCCAACCAAGUCCGAAUCGUCGACCUUGUGACCAGCCCAGAGCACUCGCACCCCCAGGACCGCGUUUUGCCUCGCGUGUCCGCCGUACUCUUUCCCAAGGACAGUUUCAAGGUUGCCAAGACCUUCUGGCAACACUCGGGCGAUGGCGUGUCUAGCCGCAGGGCUGAAUACUGCCACAAGGCAUUCGAGGAUGGCUUGCUGGUAGAAAAGUCUCAGGCGGGCCAGCGCACCUGCAAAGGGCCUCGGAGGUACCAGAAGAAGGGUUCUGUGGACAUUUCCGCCCACCAAACCGCGCCCGUGAGGGAGCCCGACGGCCAGGAUCCUCUACGCUUCGUAGAAGAAAGAUUCGGCAGGAACCUAGACGUUGGUUUCGCAGAGAACGCCAAGCACGCGAUCCAGAGGCGCAUCGCAGGGUCUUUGACGGCUAAUGUGGAGCUGGAGGAAGCAUUGAAGCUGGAGCGAGACCAUGAGCGGGCUCGCCCCGUGGCUGGCUUCUCAGAGGACGAUGUUUACCUCUUCCCUUCGGGCAUGAGCGCAAUCUUCAAUACCCACCGCACCAUGAUGGCCGCCCUAGGCCAGCGAAAGAGUGUCAGCUACGGAUUCCCGUACAUUGACACCCUUAAGAUCCUUGAGAAAUUUGGCCCUGGCGCCGUUUUCUAUGGAUUUGGAUCAUCAGAGGAGCUGGACGAGUUUGAGAAACGCCUGGAGAGUGGCGAGAAGUUCCUCGCACUGUUCUGUGAAUUUCCAGGCAACCCGCUCCUGAAGGCGCCAGACCUAGAGCGAAUCAGGUCCCUCGCGGAUAAAUUCGAUUUCGGCGUUGUGGUGGACGAGACGAUCGGGAACUUCUUAAACGUCCACGUCCUUCCUUUUGCGGAUGUCGUCGUCAGCAGCCUUACCAAGAUUUUCAGCGGCGACAGCAAUGUCAUGGGGGGCAGUGCAAUCCUCAACCCAAAGGGACGAUACUAUGACUUGCUCAAGAAGACGUGGGCAGCCGAGUACGAGGAUAACGUGUGGCCGGAGGAUGCGAUUUUCCUGGAACGCAACAGCCGCGACUUCGUCUCGCGCAUUGAGCGGAUCAACGUGAACGCGGAGGCCAUUUGUGAAGUUCUCAUGAAGCACCCGAAAGUGAAACAAGUACACUAUCCCAAGUACAGCCCGACGCGAGCGUUUUAUGACCGUUGCAAACGGCCCACCGGUGGUUAUGGUGGCCUGCUGUCGGCCACCUUCUACUCGACGGAAGAUGCCACCAAGUUUUUCGAUCAUCUGGACACCGCAAAAGGGCCCAGUUUGGGCACAAACUUCACGCUCAGUUCGCCGUACGUCCUCCUAGCUCAUUUCACCGAGCUUGAUUGGGCGGCAUCAUAUGGCGUCGAGUCCAAUCUUGUGCGGUUCAGCGUCGGCCUAGAGGACACGGCGCAGCUGGUGGAGGUGUUCAAUCGGGCGCUCGCCGCCAUGGAAUAG